AUGGAGCGUCCUGCCUCUGGCUCUGGGGACGAUGACCGACAAGAAUCGCCCGCCAAUUUGAUCAGCCAGACCAGCCAGACGAGUGACACCAGCAGCAGUUCAACUUCAAGGGACAGGCUCGACUCACUCGGCGAGUUCAGCGCCCUCGCCGUGACCGAGAUCCUGGACCAGGACUCCCGUCCGACUUUCGUUAUUGAUCUGGAUCCCGACGACGACGCUCCUCUUCCCCUGACUGGGCUGGCGCCACUCUUUUGCAACUCGGCACUGUGCCUGCACGAGCAACUGCUCGAUGUCAUCACUGGCAACUGCAGCGAGGCCGAGUCGGCGACGGGCGCCGCCUACCAAGACUUCAAGUCGUGGGCUACUGGUGUGACGAAACAUGACGACUCCAAGGAUUGCUUCCCACUCAGCUUCCUGUAUGCCGACAUGCUGUGGACAGGAUCCACCGUCAGGAAGCGAUGGCGACUGGUCAGUGGCAAUCUGUGGAAUACCGGGCUGCAUGUUCACGAGACGUCUCUUUCUUUGGAUCGUCAGUCGCAUGGGUCAUUCGAGGACGCACCCAUGACGCCUCCAGCGGUAGCCACUGCCGACACUCUGACCACCUCGACCACGACUACGCUGGUAGGGUCGAAACAGCACCCGGAGACCUCGAACCCCCUUACGAACUCUAGCAGCACCGGCGAAUCUUCCCAGACCAAGACAGUGACACUUGGAGCUCCGGAAAGGGCAUGUCCGGAUUGGACUGUGCGAAAUCCCAAGGGCUUGGUGUCCGACCACAUUGCCAUUGCCAGGGCUGUGAAUUGGGAAGCCACAUCGUUAGGCCCUAUGGAUCACUGGUCGCCCGAGUUCCGUCAACUUGUCAACCUUCUCAUGAACAAUCCUUUUCCCGCUUCCAUUUUCUGGGGCGCUGACUUGACUAUGCUUUACAAUGAGGCAUAUGCCAAUGAACUCGCUGGGCUCAAACACCCCAAUAUGAUGGGGACUUGCUUCUCGGGUCCCUUCUCCGAGGCUUGGGAGGUAGCCAGUGGACCGUUUAGCCACGUUGCUCGCACAGGUAUCGCUUUCCAGAAGGAGGACGAAUGCAUACCUAUACAUCGUCAUGGCUUUCUGGAAGAAUGUUUCUUUUCCUGGUCGCUGACGCCGCUGCACGGGGGGACAAAAAAGAUCCUAGGCUUUUACAAUGUCCCUUUUGAGACAACGAAAACUGUCCUGGCCAAGCGGCGAAUGGAGACCGUCAACAGAGUCGGUAGUAAUCUUUCCAGGGCUCGGGGUAUUAAGCAAUUCUGGAAACUACUUCUAGACGCCCUAGACGACAGUCAUUACGAUAUUCCAUUCGCGUUGGUAUACUCUGUCGGGGACUCCGAGGAGAAUGAUAUGUCAUCAGUGUCAUCCGGUAGCAGCAUGUCUAUGAAGACUUGCUUCUACGAAGGCUCCAUCGGCAUUCCGGAAAACCACGUCGCGGCUCCCCGCCAACUUGACCUCAAGCGAAGUCGCGAGGGUUUCAUACCAGCAUUUCGUGAGGCAAUUCGCACUCGCGAGCCCACACUGCUCCACACGCGUGACGGGAGCCUUCCCAAAGCACUGCUGGAAGGUAUCGAGUGGCGCGGCUCUGAGGAUCCAUGCUCCCAGGCCAUUAUCUUCCCGGUCCGGCCAACCGAAGGGGACACUAUUCUUGCUUUCCUUGUGGUUGGCGUAAAUCCACGCCGGCCGUACGACGAUGCUUACAAGGCGUUCACGAGUAUGCUUAACCGACAGCUAGCAACCUCGUUGGCCUCCUUCAUGCUCUUUGAAGAGGAAAUGAGUCGCAGUAGAUAUGCUGCUGAAGCGGCGGCUUUGGAAGCACAGCAACUGUCUCAGCAACUUGCCGUACAGACUGAUCGUCUCCGGAGGAUGACCGAGCUAUCUCCUCUAGGGAUGUUCUUGAUCGACCCUGAUGGCGUAUUGCGCGAGGGCAACGAUCGUUAUUUCGAGAUGACUGGUCAUCCCAGACACGAGAAAUCCGAGAAAUCAUGGAGAUGGCAGAUCGAGGACAGCAGCUUGGAGACCUCGGAGACCGCCUGGCACACAAUGGCCGUCGAUCACCAACCCUGGACGGGCGAAUUACAGAUGAAGAAAUUGCUCGUGAACCCAAUCGGCCUCAACGGAGAAGAUAUAGACUACUGGGUUAUGGUCAACGCCCAACCCGAGUUCACUGCGGAUGGCUCCCUUCGAUCGAUUAUGGGCUCGAUCACGGACAUAUCCUCAUUGAAAUGGGCACAGGGUCUUCAAAAUCGUAGGUUGAAAGAAUCUGAGGAGACAAGGCGGCAGCAGAACGAGUUCAUCGACAUCACGUCCCAUGAGAUGAGAAAUCCUCUCAGUGCCAUUUUACAGUGUGCUGACGAUAUCUCGGCCACGCUGAUGAAUCACCGCGCCAGAGGGAGUCCACCGUCGCGCGAGGAUGUUGAGGGCUGUAUGGAAGCAGCGAAUACGAUAUCCGUAUGCGUGCAACAUCAGAAAUCAAUUGUCGACGAUAUCCUUACCGUCUCCAAACUCGAUUCCAACCUUCUACUCAUUACGCCUAUUGUGGCAAGACCGGCUGAGGUGGUCGAACGGGCUGUCAAAAUAUUUGAGCCUGAGCUGCAGGCCAAAGACAUCCGCAUGUCUCACGAAGACAGCCUCUGCCUCGGAGAAGUUGUGGUGGACUGGGCGAAUUUCGACCCCAGCCGAGUGCUCCAAAUACUAAUCAACCUCAUAACGAACGCCAUCAAGUUUACAGCUGCUUCGACUACACGCAACAUUACGGUGUCCGUAGGAGUAUCACGGGAGCCUCCUCUCCAGGCCGACACUCCCAAUUUCCAGUAUAUCCCACCCAAGACGAUAAGCCCGAAUCUAGUUGCUGGCGAGGAGUGGGGCAACGAAGAGGUGCUAUACUUUAGUUUUCUGGUAAGGGAUACUGGAUGUGGUCUCACACCUGAAGAGAUUAAGAUUCUUUUCACUCGAUUCUCCCAGGCGUCCCCUCGAACCCACGCGCAGUACGGGGGAAGCGGACUCGGGCUCUUCAUUUCUCGCCAGCUUGCAGAGUUACAUGGCGGGCAGAUUGGUGUCGCUUCCGAGGCUGGAGUCGGAAGUUCCUUUGGAUUUUUCAUAGCGGCACGCAAGGCGACGCGUCCUGCUGUCGAUACCCAAACCGAGCUCACAGCCAAGGUCAAGCGUCAAAUCGGCCGUCAGCAGUCGUUCGUACAACAAGUAUUGCCCACGCACCAAGAUCCGGCCUCCGCCAGUCUUGGAGCGGACCUCGCAGCCCCCAAAGCCGCGCCUGAGUUCAACCCACGCGACCUAGAAGUAUUGGUCGUCGAGGACAAUCUAGUCAAUCAGACCGUCCUGGUUAAGCAGCUUAAGAAGCAAGGCAUCGGCGUUAACGCGGCCAACGACGGCAUAGAAGCCCUGGCAUUUCUCGACAGCACCAUCUUUCGCAGGGCCGACGGCAAGCGGCUGUCGGUCAUCUUGAUGGAUCUCGAAAUGCCAAACAUGGAUGGCGUGACCUGCGUGCGGGAAAUUCGGAAGAUGCAACAGAGCGGCGCGAUCAGCGGCCAUGUACCCGUCAUCGCCGUCACCGCAAACGUGAGGGACGAGCAGAUAGCAGAAACAAGAAAGGCAGGCAUGGAUGAUGUGGUAUCGAAGCCUUUUCGUAUAUCACAGUUGCUCAAAAAGAUUGAGAUCUUGCUGAGGGAGGUUUCAAACGGGAACAAAACACUAGGUGGAUCAUUCAUGAGUUCCUGGGUUGCAUGA